AUGGAGGGAGAAAGUGAUAUAGAAAGGCUUCAGCGUAUGCAGCAAUCAUAUCUAGAUAUUCAGGAAAAGCCGGUAUCAAGUGUGUACGUGAAGAAUCUUGAUGCCUCAGUUACCAACUCAGACAUUGCCGCACACUUCAGAUCUUGUGGUAAUAUAUCCGGAAUAAAUGUUAUUACUACAAAAAACACCAGGAAGUAUGCAAUAGUAGACUUCACUUCGGAGAAGUCUGUUGAGAUGUCCUUGCUUUUCAAUGGAUCUGUCUUGAAAGGAAAAAAAAUCAUUGUUCAAAGAAAGAGAGAAGUCGAUAAAAGAUAA